AUGACGACGACAAUGAAGAAGGAGAUGGUGUUCUUUGACGUGGAGACGGCGGCGGCGCCGUCGGCGUCGGACACGGACCGCCGGUGGCACAUGCUGGAGUUCGGCGCCAUCCUGGUCUGCCCGCGCCGCCUGGUCGAGCUCUCCAGCUACUCCACCUUCAUCCAGCCCGACGACCUCUCGGCCGUCUCGGGCCGCUUCGCCUCCUCGCCGUCCCACGCCGCCGCCUUCGCCGAGGCCCCCUCCUUCGACGACGUCGCCGACGACAUCUUCGAGCUCCUCGACGGCCGCGUCUGGGCGGGCCACAACAUCCGCCGCUUCGACUGCCACCGCGUGCGCGACUCCUUCGCCGCCGCGGGACGCCCAGCGCCCGAGCCGGCGGGCGUCGUCGACUCCCUCGCCGUGCUGGGCCGGGUGUUCGGGCGCCGCGCGGGGGACCUCAAGAUGGCCACCCUGGCGACGUACUUCGGGAUCGGGAAGCAGACGCACCGGAGCCUGGACGACGCGCGCAUGAACCUCGAGGUGCUCAAGCACUGCGCCACCGUGCUGCUGCUGGAGUCCAGCCUCCCCGGCGUGCUUGGCGGCGAGGACGCCGGCGACGGCGCGGUCACCAGGAGGAGGGCCGCCACGGCCGCGUCUUCGACGGUGACGGCGGUGACAACUCGGCCUGCUUCCGCCGCGGUUCAGAAGGUGAACGGGAGGUCGUGCAAGAGGGACAGUACGGGGAAGGUGGUGAAGGCCACAACAACGGCGACGCCUAGCGCCGCUCCAAGAGCCCGGCGGCCGGUGACCACGACGCCGUUCAGCAUGAUCCUCAGGCACUCGAGGGCCAUCGUCAGAUGAUCCAUCGAGUCGAUCGACUAAUUGCUUGGAUACUGAUUUCCAUUCAUUCAUUUCUACAUGGAAAUUGAUGUGCAGUGUACAAAAAACCCUGCUAGGUAGCUACCUCUGUUCAUAUUUAA